AUGCAGACUUGGAAUUUCACCAACGUUCUUCUCGCCGCCAUACUCUUCCACUACACAUACAGUGUUCCAAUUAAUCGGGAUGCUGCUGCUGUGACCAACUUCCUUACUACGAUAGCAAGUCAGGACACAAGAACCGAUUCACUCGUGACUCUCAACUAUCAGAACAUGGCUUCUAAGAAAUCACCAGAUCAUGACAACGCUAAGGAUCCCUUAUUCACCCAGGUUGAUGGAUCUGUCAACGCCGGACCAAUUUACACACAAAUUGCCACCCUUUCGAAAUUCUAUCAACAUGACAGUGAAAUUCCCAUUGAUUCUGAUUUCUCUACUGCAAUUGCCAACUUCAUUGAUACGAUUGUCGAAACUACACCAAUGACCGCCGCAUGGACAUUCCUUCAAUCUCUCGGUUUGGCGACCAAUGACAAAGCCAGUUUUAAGACUCAACUUUAUAACUUGUGGUUUUUGCCAUACGCGAGAAAAUCUGUCACAGGAAGUUGCGGAUUCAAAUCAGUUUUUGUUGGUGAAAUCACUGAAAAGACCGUAACCAGCUUCUCCAAUUGGUACGGAUUCUAUUUGCAAGAGGCGUCAGGCGAUAUUAACUAUCACGGAUGGUUCACCAAAAUCAACGUAAGUGUGAAAACACCAAAAUUCUGA